AUGCAAUUCGUGCUGCUACUCCUGUCUGCCGUGUUUGUGGCUGCCCACAACAUGACCUACAACGCCUACUUCGGGCUUGCGCCAAAUAACGUUUUCGCCUACACUACAGAGGACCUUGCUGCCAACGUCACCCUCGUCACCAAGAGCACUGCGGAUGAGCAUCUCCCCAAAGUCGAUGUGAAACUUACCAAUACGGGCAACACACUCAUUGAGGCUGCCAUCACAAACACGGGCGAGUACGACUUGGCCAUCCUGAAGCUAAACAACAUCUUCGACCACCGGAACGUUCGUAAGGUCGAUAUCAACGCCGCCACCGACGGAACGCCCCUCGCAUUCGAGGGCAUCUACGUCACACCAAGCCGUCGAACCACGGCCGACAGCUGGAUCCACAUUGCCAAGGGCGAUGUCUUCGUGACCAAAUUCGACGCCGCCGACUUGUACGACCUUUCCUCUGGCGGAAAUUACACGGUCAAGGCCGAGGGAAGCGCCCCCAUCAGGUCGUCCACCGGCUAUACUGAUGGCCAGCUUGUUUACUCGAGCAAUACGCUUUACAUGGGAGUAGAUGGUGCCGAAGCUGCGCGGCACAUGGCUGCCCGCCGCGACGCCGAGGAUCGUGAUCUCGCCGCCAUUCAAAAUGGCAGCGGUUGCACCGACGAACAAUGGGAGAGGAUCUUACAAGGCAUGGCCUACUGCCACCGCAUGGCCACGCGGGGAGCCCAGGGUGCCUACGACGGGGAUAUAAGAUUCGCCGAUUAUUUCAACACGGAUUUGCCUCUAGUGCGACUGUUCGUCCAAUGCAAGCUCCUCGCCGUCGCCGAUGCAUGCCAGUUAGUUGGAUCUGGAAAGGCGCGGAUCACCUGUUUGGACAUUUUUCAAUUGUGCAACUACAACUCGCUCGCCGUGACCGACGCCCAAGCCGGCAUCAUCGUUAUCUGUCCCCUCAGUUUGCAGUACUCCCCAGCCUUCUCUCCCGGGUGCCACCAACAUGACCUCGCUACCACACUCGUCCAUGAAUUGACGCACAUUGACGGUCUGCAUACCUUCCGCGGCACCGGAGACUAUGUUCCUCGCAAUACGUGGCCGUAUUGUAAGGACUUGGACUGGCUUGAUGCAAUCGAUAAUGCCCAGACCUAUUCGUCCUUUGCGCAGUCUGUGUUUUUGCAGUGCGAUCGGCCGUUCUAA